AAAAUGUUCCUUGUUUUCAAUAGUGUGCAACUUGCCUCGUAUUCCAUUCCUUUUCUUUUACACGGUUGCACCAUCCAUUGCCGACUCCAUAAUCGGAAUCCAAGAAAGGAACAAAAAGGAAACUGAGACUUUUAUAAGAGCAAAUCGAGCGAGAAAGAACUCAGAGACAGAAGCAGUAGGAAGAGAGAGAGAUAUGAAGAUCACAUCUCUGUUGGUAUUGAAAUGCAGUGGCGAGGGUUCGGAUCCGGUGAUUCUGGCGAACGCUUCGGACGUGAGCCACUUUGGUUACUUCCAGCGUUCAAGCGUCAAGGAGUUCAUCGUCUUCGUUGGUCGCACCGUCGCCAAACGCACUCCUCAGGGCCAGCGUCAAUCUGUUCAGCAUGAAGAGUACAAGGUGCAUGCUUACAACAGAAAUGGCCUUUGUGCUGUGGGAUUUAUGGAUGAUCACUACCCAAUUCGAAGUGCAUUUUCUCUUCUCAACCAGGUGUUGGAUGAAUAUAACAAAAAAUUUGGUGAGUCAUGGAGAAGUGCUCAAACAGACAGCACUCAACCCUGGCCUUAUUUGGAUGAAGCUCUGACAAAAUUCCAGGCAUUUUACAAUGUGGUCACAUUUCGACGAUUUGGGCCGAAGCACGCAUUUGAAGAAAAGGAAAGUUGUUUAACACCUGAUAGAGCAGAGUUCAAGAAAUAGUGUUGGUGGGAUAAUAAUGCCAAUUGGCAGGUUCAGAUUAUCAGUUGAUUCAGAUGUCUGUUGUCAGACUAACUCAAAGGAUCAACUGAGAUCAUUUCAAACUGAUGUUUGCCAAAUCAAAGCAGACUCUGGUGCUGAACAUGUUGGCACGUGGAGGUGGCCUGUGGCUGAGUUGCAGUAAGGAGCUUCCUCACCAUUGGCUGCAGAAAAUAAUUUGUAAUGGAAAAGCGGGUGAUAUGCCAAAUGGAAGAAGAAAAAGCAGCUUCUUCUUUGGCAAAUGGAAGUUUGUGAGGACACUUGAUGCUCCCCUGUUAAAACUAGUUUCUUAAAUUAGAAUGAUGAAUUUCUUAAAAUUUAUUCUCUAUUUUUUUAAUUAUCAAGCAUAUUAUUAGUAAGACUCGAGCUGUUUUAAGGUUUUAAAAAUUAAUCCAGAAAAUUUCUUAGCAGGCAAGCUGUUUUUCUUUUUUUUCUUUUUUUUUUUUUUACAUUUUUAAAACACCAAGAACCAGUUUUCA